UUUCAAUAAUAAUUUUAUAGUGUUGUCAUUUCUUUUUUUUUAAUUUUAAUAAAAACCUUUGUGUUUGCCCCAUUGCUCCGAUUGUUCUUAAGAACAAAGAACUCAAAAGAGGAACAAGACGAAGAUUUGGGAAUCCUGAAGAACGAAAACCACCGAAAAUGGCAGGCAAAUUGACCAAUUUGGGUUCAAAAAUCCUUGGUGGAAAUGGCGUUGUUGGUCGCUCAAUCGCUUCAUCUCUUCGACUUCGCUCCGGCAUGGGCCUUCCCGUCGGCAAACAUAUUGUUCCCGACAAACCCCUUCCUGAGAAUGAUGAACUGGUUUGGGAUAAUGGAACUCCUUUUCCCGAGCCCUGUAUUGAUCGCAUUGCAGAUACAGUUGGGAAGUAUGAAGCCUUGGCUUGGUUAUGUGGGGGAUUGGGAUUUUUUGCAUCUCUGGGAUUUUUGGCAGUGUGGAACGAUAAAGCGUCUAAGAUUCCAUUUGCGCCAAAAGUGUAUCCAUAUGACAACCUAAGAGUGGAGCUUGGUGGAGAUCCAGAAGCUUAGAUAGCUAUAGACCUCAAGUGGAAUGCAUUUUGGUAAUGUUUCUUUUCAGACACAAAAAAUCCUUGUUGAAUCGUUUGCCUUUGGAAUUUGCUAUGCAUCAAAAUAAUGGAUUUUGUUGCCUGUGCUGAAAUCUCUCUUUGGCAUUGCUGUAAAUCACUUCUAUAUUUUGAUUCUUAUAAUGAGGUUCUGAAGACCCUUUUGCCACCAA